AUGCAGUCAAAGGGCGACUAUACAGGCAUCAGAAAGACAAAGGAUUGGGCGGAGAAACUUGCAACUAGCAAGUUACUCAGGCCUUCUAUCACAAAUGUGACUUCAGCCAGCACCAAUCCUGGUCCUCCUCCUACUCCAGCACACAGUGUCAGAGAGUCAGACACAUCAUUGCUGGAUGACGACGAUUCGCUUGAGCACAAGGCUGCUUACAAUGCCACUAAAAAGACUCAGACUGGUGACAGUGCUAGAUGCACAACUUCAGAUGUGGUUAAAGUUAGUAGCCUAUUAUCUCUGCAUACCUCACGCCCAGUGUGUGUGCCAUCCCAAAAAAUGGCAAUGACUGAAUCAUGGUCUUCCCCUCCCCCUUGUACUCAACCAUCAAGAGUGACUACCAGGCUUCCAGGCCAUCCUGAGCUUAUGUCUGAUCUAUCUAUGGAACUUUACGAGUUUGGUGAUACUGAGGAGGCUGAGGACGAAGCACUUUCUGCACCUGUAGCAGGAAAAGGCAUCAAACGCCUCACCACUUCAACCGAUGUUGGUAUCAGUAGCAAUGCCCCUGCUUCAAAACGAGCAAAGACAGAAUCACACAUCACAAGCAUCUAA